AUGUCAGGACACACCCCAACCAGCGACAUCGGCCCGCCCGACUCACGACGCGGCUCCAAAUCGACAGACGUCUCAAAGGCGUCGGGCUACAGCAGCAGGAGCUCGCCGCCGCCGCCGCCACCACAACCACCGCGGCGCACCCGCGCCCCCGAGAAGGUAACCCUGCACGAGGCCGAGAAGCUCCUCCUCAUCCCCCUCUUCUGGAGGGCCGCGGACGCGCAGUCGCCGCAGCCCAUCCUCAACGACCGCCGCGCGCCGCGCGUCCUCGGCCGCCUCGAGGACCAGGACCUCGAGGCCACCUACGGCACCGACCCGCGCUGGGUCAGCUACGUGGCCGGGCGCGCGGCGCGCAUCGACGCCUGGACGCGCGAGUUCCUCGACGCGCACCCGGGCGAGCACGUCACCGUGCUGCACCUCGCGUGCGGGCUCGACUGCCGCGACCGGCGGGUCGGCCGCGACGCGGAGCUGGUGCGGUGGGUGGACGUCGACCGGCCGCUCGUGACGAACCUGCGGGAGCGGGUCAUGGGGGGGAGGGACGGCGGCGGCGGCUGCGGGCUGGAUGAUGACGACGACGGGGAGAAGGGCGAGGACGGGGAGGGGGUCGGGGGCCUGCGGCCCGUCGGGGACUACUCGCUGCGCAGCCUGAGCGUCACCGAGGGGAGGUGGUACAGCGACAUCCCCGCGGACCGCCCGACGCUCGUCGUCGCGGAGGGCUUGUUCCCGUACCUGACGCCCGCCGAGGCCGAGGCCGUCAUCCGCGGGCUGCUUGACUACUUUGGGCGCGGGCAGCUUAUCUUCGACACUGUUGGCAGCCUUGCUGUUGCGCAUACGAAGCGCGUCAACAUGCUCAAGCCCAGCGGCACAAAGUUCCAGUGGGGUGUUGACGACGCGCGCUCUGUGCUGCCGUUUCAUGAGAAGUUGAGGCUCAGGGAUGAGGUGCGGUGGUACGAGUUUAUGGGCGUCGAGGGCGAGAUCUCGAGAGAGACUGCGCCGCCGUGGUUUGGCCCGAAGUCGAUGGUUUUGGCUCAGCUGACGUCGGCUUUCAAGGACAACGGCCAGGUGCUCAGGUUUGACUUCUGA